AUGCCGGCUCUUUUGCUGGCAGGCGAGCGAUAUCCGCAGCCAGCUGCUGCUGAUCUCAGCGUCUACAGCUUAAUGCUUGAUUGCUGGCACACUGAGCCACAACUGCGGCCGACGUUCGCACAAUUAACUAGGCUUCUGACCCACAGGAUUUCUACACAAAAAGGAUUACACCCUGCUGUUGUUGCCUGUGCUCCAGAUACUUCUCUUCCAACUACAGAUAAGGAUUUUAUCGGCCCAGACUCUCCUGGUGACAUCAACAACACAGAGGGAAGUGAUUCCGCUGUUGGCGAUAGCGCUGAUGGCAUCGGAGGGGGAGGCGAAGGUGGAGUCUUGGCUCACACUAGAACUUGGACGAAUGGUCAGUUGUCGCAUCAUAGCAGCACUAGGAUGGAUUGCCACUCAAAUGAUUUAUCACCCUGUCCAGAUGCCACAUGUCAGGCUUCAAUGAGCGAGGUGCACCAUACGGCCUAUUCCUGCGGUUUCGAUGGUACCUACCUUUUACAUUCUGGUUAG